AUGGCCGAUGGACGAGCAUACAAUUCCAUUGGGUUGCCCAGUGGAGUCGACGAUAAGAAUAGGAGGCGCUACUACAGGAGAUGCCUGCGACAAGUGGUGGCGAAUAAGAUCGCGGCUGACCGUGCGGUUGGGGCAUCGUCGGCGCGAAAUGCUUCUCCACCAGACGCGGCAGGGGCAAACCCACAUGGGCGCGCCAUCAUGUAA